UGUGUUUGGUAAAAGGGAAAAAGAGGAUAGGGAGAUAGAAAGAGAGAGAAAAUGAAGUACCUGGAUCAAGGAUCGCUCUGUGCCUCUCCCAUACCUCCCAUCUUCCAAACACAGUAUUAAGCACGUGAGCGCUAUACAUCUGUAAAACCCCAAACAAAAACCCUUCCAGAACUGUCCGAACACCAAAUACACUGGUCCUCGAACACCAUGGCGAAAGCUGAAAUUGUUACUCAGCAAGAUAGCUCAGAAGAACCGAAAAAUCUGUUCUCAUUCCUGAAGAGAUUUGGUCUAAAACUUCCAGUCUUUAAUGAAGAUAAGAAGGCGCCAUCAAAAUCUGUGGUCAAAGACGAAGCGGAAAUGGCAGUAGGUGGCGACGGGGAGGCGGAUAAUACAAAGCAGAGGCCAAAUUUUGUGAGGUUCCCAAACGCUCAUCCCAUAAUUCCACCACCGCUGGAUAUCGAGCUCGAAGAGAGCAGCGGAAAGACUCAUAAUCCAGUAAUUAUCUGGCAGGUUUAUGCCCUUGGUGGGUUCAUUAUCUUGAAGUGGGUAUGGGCAAGAUGGAAGGAAAGGAAGGAAAGAGCUAAGAAAGCAUCACCUGAUAACGAUCAACCUUCUGAUGAAUAUCUAUCGCCACCUGAUGAUAAUGAUUGAUUCUGAAGUCAUGCUGAAAAUGUAAUUGUAGCAGGUAAAUGUCAAGCGGGUUAGGUUAGCCAACAGCGACUUUUGUAAUUUCUCUUCUUUCUUGUUAUCCAUGAAGUUACAUGCUCUUUGCUUUUAA